CGAAGACAAGCUCAUGGAAACAGAAGAAGAAGAUCCGUUUCUCUCAUUGAUCGAGUACGCAAGGUCGGCGCUAUGGCCUGAAGAAGAAGAAGCAGGUGGUUACGAUCCGAAUAACAUUGGAUCGGAAACCGGCGGGGCCGGGUGGAGCUGGAUCGCGUCUCGCAUUCUCAAGACCUGUAUUGCUUAUUCGAGCGGCGUCACCGUUGCAAUUCUUCUGUCCUAUCUUUCUCAGGCGUGGAAUGAGCAACACAGGGCUGGUGUUCCGAAGAAGAGACCAGAGAUUAUAAAUCAGCUGAAAAAGAAGCAUCGGAGGACUAAGCUUUCGAACACUGUCACGAUUGAUUCUAUCCAUGAGAAGAAAUUUUUGUCAUUAAAUAGCGUUUUGGAGGCUGUUAUUGUUGAUGUUUUUGUUCUUCCAGGUACGAACAUUUACAUGCUUACUUUAGGGGAUUUUUGGAGCUCCAAUACUAUUGAUCUUUAUCUCCAUCGCAGGUACUAUGAGUUGGUGGAUCCACACAAUGGGACUUUGAAGAAAGGAAGGGAAGUUUUCCUCACAGGAUGCUAUCUUCGAACUGCUAGAGCAGGAUCUGGUAGUCCACGACUUCUUCCUACCGAAUAUCUUGUAACAUUGUUAGAUGAGGAUCAGGAUGAUGAUGCAAUUUUGCUAGGAGCUAAGUUUUGUUGUGAUUCUUUCUCUUCCAUUUCUCUUGAUGCGGUCAAUAAUGGGGCUUCUUAUUCAUUGUAUGCAAGGAUUGAAUCCAUUGGAUUACUGGAAAUUCAGGGAGCAUUUGGCAGUUUACAGGGGAAGCAAAUUACACUUGUUGAUACUGAUGGUGUCCGGCUAAAGUUUCUUUUGUGGGGCGAGCAGGUUCUCCUAGCCAAUCUUUUCAGUGUUGGAAGUAUGCUUGCAUUGGAUAGACCAUAUGUUGCAAGUUCUGAAGAGAGUGCUUUAGAAACAGGCGACAAGUUUUGCCUUGAAUAUGGUAGUGAAACACAAUUGUAUAUAGUGCCUUUCAUCCAACAUGAGGAACAAGUAUGUGUGGCAUUGACACAAAAUAGACACCAAGGUUCAAGGCUGCUAACUGCAGUGGAUCCUAGUCAAAGUCCCAAAGUUUCUCAGGUGACCUUGCCUUGUGAUUCUCAGGGGUCCAUUGACUUCAGUAACUACCCUUUUCGGUUUUUGAUAAGCGACCUUCGUGACAGGAUGACUAGCAUCAGCCUCUAUGGUGUUGUAACAGAUAUUUCUCGCAAACAAAAUACUGCAGAACUUGUCUUCUCUUUGAAAAUUGAGGAUAUAACAGGAGCUGUCUGUGCAAAGCUUCAUUUUGCUGAGUUUUGGUCAUUGGGAAGAAUAGGCCUUGGUCACGUGGUGUAUAUAUCCGGCUUGUCAUGCUCCAAGACGAAACAAAACUGUAUCGAAGUACAGUGGUUUGAGAAGGAUGAUGGAGCUUCUGUCAUCAAUAUUAGUUGCUUGCCGGCAUUGUUAAACUCAUCUUGUCUUCAUAAGUUGUCGUGCCUUUCUAACCUAUCCAACUCAAAUAGCUAUAUGCAUAUAUGUCGAAUUUGGCUAAACCAAAUCGAUCACUGUUACGUUAAUACAAGAUUUUCACAUGCCCUUUGCGGUCAUUUUGUCAACGAAAAGCCUAAUGGGGCUUUAGAAUGCAGUUUCUGUCACUGUAACUGUAAUGCUGAAAUUGUUCGCACUUUCCACCUGAAAAUCACUCUUGCUGAUGAGCGUUCUAAAGUUUCUGCAUGGUGUACGGGUCAAACUGCGACAGAGUUACUUCAAAUUUCUCCUGAUGAAUUCUAUGAGUUGCCUGAGGAGGAACAGGCUAUGUACCCUUCGUCACUGGAAAACGAAAGGUUCAUGGUUGCAUUAGUAAAUGGCAAGAGGCAGAUUGAAGGUCUAACACUACAGACUCAUGAUGCAUAUUCAUGGGAGAUCACUCGUGCAUUGAAAUGCGAAUAAGGUUAAUCCUGUAAUGCUGCUUGCCCAUGUUUUAACUUAUCGUAAAAGAAAAAAAUUGCACGAAGAGGUGAAAUAAGGUGUCGUGCAAUACUCUUACGAGAAUUUUCUGGAAGGCAAUAUGCAAAGAUGGCAAGUUACAUGUAGAACAAAUGCAAUGUAUGCCCUCUUAUCAACUUCAGAAAUCAAAAAGGAAAAAAUAAACGAACCCGAAAAUCAUUGGU